AUGACAUGCUCGAAUAGCUUGGUUUUAGGCUAUUUUUACAUCUUCGCUAGCAUAGCCUGGGGUAGCUGCUUUAUCUGGUGAAUCAUAAAUACCUGAAAAAUAAACUGACGAUUCACCAAGCCUCUGCAAAAAGUGAUAGUUUUGGUUUUAUGCUUCAAGACUUUCAAUGAUAUUUUUUUAUCUCCUAGAUAUUUUACAUGCCAAGAAUCAGCUGCUUAUGACUAUUGAGAUUUGGCUUGAAGUUCGACAUAUACGCUUUACAACACCUUUAUUUUCACAUCCUUAAUUUUAAUUAGUAAAGGGUUUGGGAUCACUAGGGAUAUGCUAGAAAGAAGUGAAGUCACAGUUAUUGCAAUGACGAUGGGAGCCGUUUAUUUAGGAUUUAGUGCAUUUAUGAUCAACCCACAGCAGUUGAUUAUUUUACUGGACAUAAUGCUCUCUAUAUUAUUUUACCUUACCUGAAAAUACUGUUCUGCGAACAUAAAGGCUUUGCAAACCCGAUUGAAUUCUUUGAGAGAUUCCAACAUAACUCAAAUGAUUCCGCCAACAUCGGAGAAAGUUUCUAUGCUCAAAUUUUUCUUGAAAGUUUGCUAUUUUUUUUAUUUUCAAAAAAUUUUGACAAUUACAUUUCUGAUGAUAGUUGCAAGCUUUUUAGAUCCUCCUGAGAUAUAUUGAGAUAUUGUUGUCAUUUUUGGUGAGGUGUGUGAGACUAUUAGCUUGUUUAUAAUAAUUUAUUUGUUUAGAUCCAAAGACAGAGGACUUUACUUCAACAUAUCUGUUGUAGGAAGUCAAGCUCAGACUCAGCCGCUCGCUCCAUAUUUACAAGCAAAGAUACCAGAUGGACUGGAGCUGCCUGAAAGAAGUGACGAAACAGUUGUAGUCUUAUGCCCACAAGAGUUCGAUAGAGAGCAUCCAUAUAAGCGAUUAAUGUUAGGAACAAUAUCAAAACCUGUUGUGCAGACUUUUGACAUUGCAAGAUAG